AUGGCGUCUACGAACCCUCCGGAUUGGCCGCAAGACGGCCUGCACGUCGCCAUUGUCGGUGCAGGCAUCACCGGCGUCAACCUGGCGCUCGGCCUGCUGGCCCGCAACGUCUCGUUCACCGUGUACGAGCGCGCGCCCGGCUUCCGCGAGAUCGGCGCGGGCAUCGGCUUCAGCCCGAACGCGGAGCGCGCCAUGGGCUUGCUCAAUCCCGACGUGCUCGCCGCCUUCAAGCGCGCGGCGAACCCCAACGGCGAAGACUACUUCCAGUGGAUCGACGGGUACCGCUCGGACGAGCUGAUCUUCAAGCUGUACGUGGGCAAGGACGGGUUCCAAGGCGGCCUCCGCAGCGAGAUCCUCGAGGCCUGGGCGCAGCUGCUGCCGCCAGGUGCGGUCCGCUUCAACAAGGAGAUAGACACCAUCUCGGCGCCCCCGGAAGACAACAGCAGCAGCAGCAGCAGCAACCGCAGACUCCGUCUGCACUUCAAAGAUGGCACCACUGCCACCGCCGACGCCGUCAUCGGCUGCGACGGCAUCCGCUCGCGCGUGCGCCAACUCCUCUUCCCGACCUCCUCCUCCUCCUCCUCCCAGUCCCCUGAGGCAGGGUACACCGCGAAAUUCUGCUUCCGCGCGCUGGCGCCCAUGCCAGCCGCCAUGGCCGCCCUCGGCCAAUCAAGAUCCAUGACCCGCUUCAUGUACAACGGCCCCGGCGCGCACAUCAUCACCUACCCGGUGGCGUCCAACACGCUGCUGAACAUCCUGGCCGUGAUCUCGGACCCGUCGCCGACCUGGCGUGCCCACCCGCAGCGGCAGCAGCACACCGCGCCGGGCUCCCGGUCCGAGGCCGAGGCCGCCUUCCGCGACUGGCACCCCACGGCGCGGCGCAUCGUCGGCCUGCUGCCGGACGCCAUGGACAAGUGGGCCAUCUUCGACAUGGCCGCGCGCCCGGCGCCGCGGUACAUCGGGACCGCCGCCGCCGCCACCGCCGCCGCCGGGGACGGGGAGGGAUGGGGAGACAGGGUGUGCGUGGCGGGGGACGCGGCGCACGCGGCGGGCCCGCAUCUGGGCGCGGGCGGGGGGAUGGGCAUCGAGGACGCGCUGGUGCUGAGCGAGCUGCUGGCUGCUGUCGAUGGGAAGGUGACGGGCGGGGGGACGGGAGACGGGGGCGAUGAGAGAGAGAGAGAGAAGGGGCGGUGGGUGAGCGCCGCGUUGGAGGCGUACAACGCGGUGCUGUAUGAGCGGACGCAGGGGGUGGUGCGGGCGACGCGGGAGGCGUGCGACUUGUUUCAGUGGAAGGAUCCUGCGGUGGCGACGGAUCCGCGGCAGUUCGGGGACCGGAUCACGGCGCUGUUUCACAGCGUCUGGGAGUACGAUGUCGCCGGGAUGGUGGAGGAGGCCUUGGCGGAGCUGGAGUGAGGGAGAUGCACCGGGCAGGGUAUCGAAUGGCCACGAUAGAGCAUGUUUUUGCGCGUUGCAGACCUAGGUAAGAGCGGCAUGCUGUCGGCUUACCAGAGAGAAGCAACUAAUCCGUGCUACACACCAUCUCGGCAUGGAUUUGGUUAUUAGCGGCAGUCUGUGGUUCGUUAUGAUAGCAACCAAGACCACGCAAACAGCGGAAACGUCAGCAGCGUCGAUGUUCUGCCG